GUUUAGUCCAACAUACAGGUUUGUUGGAGAAGGUUGUAGAGCAAAUAUAUUUUUUUAUUUAAAAAACUAAAUUGUUACAUGAUUGAGUACUUUGUUUAUUUUACUUGUACAAAACCUGAGGAAUUUGAUUUACAAGUAUUGGAUAGUAAGCUUUUUUGAAAUUAAAAAAAAGACAGUAAAUAUGAAAUAUGUUGCUGUAAUUACAUUACUCCUAUGGGUACAGAAUAUCGAUUGCCAAGUUAGAGAAGGUCAAAAUUGUGUUGACAAGACGAGUAAGAAAGCAGGACGAUGUUUACAGCCGCAAAAUUGUCAUUCCGCAAAUGAUAAUUUUUUUAAGCGUGGAAGAAGACCAACAUUCUGCGAAUAUACGAAGAGAAGAAUAUUAUUAUGUUGCGUCCAGGAACAGAGACACGCUAAUAGAAAUAGACCCAGCAAACAACCAGCUCGGCAAGGAAAUAACAAGGCGCCUAAGUUACGUCAACUAGAAAGAGUCAGUGAAAGAAAAUGUAAGGAAUAUAAUAAAAAUGUUCCAACAUUUUUUAAUACACAACAUACAUACGUUUUCGGAGGAAGUAACUCGAGUCCGCGAGAAUUUCCGCAUAUGGGUGCCAUCGCUUGGCGCAAUUUCGACGGAGGAUACAAAUUCGGUUGUGGUGGAAGUGUUAUUAGUCCGCGUUUUAUACUAACGGCUGGUCACUGCUCUUUUAAAGCGAAAACCGUCAAUCCUGUACCGGUUAUUGUACGUUUGGGGAACGUUGAUUUGGACCCUAAGUAUAAAAAUGGAUACCCAAUUAUUGACGUGAAGAUCAAAUCCAUACACAAACAUCCAGACUAUAAGCCUCCAUCACGCUACAACGAUAUCGCACUUGUGGAACUGGCAGAAGCUUUGAAAUUCUCUGAGGAUGUGCGACCUGCAUGUCUCUGGACGAAGCCUGACUUUGGAGAACACAAAAGUGUUAUAGCGACUGGCUGGGGUGUUACUGAAAACUCAACAACAACGUCGGAUAUUUUACAAAAUGUAAGAUUAAAUUUAUACAGUAACCAACAAUGUGACAUAAUAACUCCGAGGAACAGAUAUUGGGAUGGCUUUGCUCCGACACAGAUGUGUGCGGGCGAACUUAAUGGAGGGAAAGAUACUUGUCAGGGUGAUUCCGGCGCUCCAAUCCAAGUAAUGACAGAACCAUCGGUAAGAGUAUAUCACAUAAUGGGUCUGACCUCAUUUGGUGGUCGUUGUGCUCAAAAAGGGUCGCCAGCGGUCUACACUAGGGUUUCUAGUUAUAUUGACUGGAUUGAAGAUAUAGUUUGGCCUAACCAGUAAUAUUUACGUUGAGAAUUGUGUCUAUUUUUAAGCUAACGAAGAUAUUCAAAUAAGCAUUAUUUUUCACAUUUAACGCCAUCUAUUGAUAGAUCCUCAAAAACAUGUCGAUUGUAUUGAAAUUGCCAAUAGAUGUCGUUUAACAAUUAUUUUUUUAAUACUAAUAAUAAUUUUUUUUAGAGAAAGUACAGAUGGAAAUUUUGUUCACUCUUAUCUAUUUUCUUAAUUGUUUUGGAACUUAUGAGUUACUAGCUUUUGCCCGCUACUUCGUCUGUUUAAAACAAAAGUAAGUACCCUAUGUGUUGUUCCAGAAUAUCCUCUACAUCUAUACCAAAUUUUAUCGAAAUCCGUUCAGCAGUUUAUGCUACAAACUAACAAACAUCCAUCUAAACUUUCGCAUUUAUAAUAUUAGUAUGAUUAAUUGUAAGCGGUUUUGUCUCCGUAUAAGAAACCAGGGAAUUUUUACGACUGGAACUGUAUCACUUUAGUAUAAUUACGAUAUUAAACAUUUUUAAACAA